GAUAAAGUUAGAAAAUAUAAACAUAAAUCAAUUCAAGCUGAUAAGAUGAGCAAAAGAUUAAGAGUUGAAUACAUUGAAUUAAAUCAAGACAAUUUGGAUAAAGAUCAAAAAAAAGGUGAUAAAGAACCUGAAGAUAAUAAUGAAUAUAUUAAUAAUGAUGAGUAA